UCUGGAUAGCAAGAGGGAGAAAUUCAUAAUGUCCGCACCGGAGAAAAUCCACUUCAUAUUCUCACUCACGUGCACCGCACGUGCCUCAUGCUAUUUAGCCAGCCAAUUCCCAUCCGCUGAGUUUCAACGCUACACUCUCGUUCUUGGAUACAAGUGUUCCUUUCCCGCAACAACCGGGGAGAAAGAGAAGAUGUCGUGGCAAACGUACGUCGACGAUCAUCUGAUGUGCGACAUCGACGGCCAUCAUCUCACGGCCGCGGCAAUCAUCGGACACGAUGGAAGUGUAUGGGCUCAGAGCGAGACUUUCCCUCAGCUUAAGCCUGAGGAGGUAACUGGUGUCAUGAACGACUUUGCUGAACCUGGAUCGCUUGCCCCUACUGGCUUAUACCUCGGCUCCACUAAGUAUAUGGUCAUCCAAGGCGAGCAAGGGGCUGUCAUUCGAGGGAAGAAGGGCUCAGGUGGUGUUACCAUCAAGAAAACCAAUCAGGCUCUUAUUAUCGGUGUAUAUGAAGAACCGUUGACUCCCGGCCAGUGCAACAUGAUUGUGGAGAGGCUCGGCGAUUAUCUGAUUGAUCAGGGGCUUUAGCUCGGGUAUGUUUCUUCUGUUGGUGUAAUUUUCACCUCUCCUUGUAUGGGCUGUAAGCUUUGGCAUGGUCUUGUGACUAUCUGGGAUUGGAAUUGUUGCAGUGAAUAAUAAAUAGUAUGUUGAGGUCAUAGGGGGAGUCUGUGUGGGGACAAAGGUAUUUUGGUAGUUUUGCUUGUAAGGUGGUAUGAUCCCUUUCCUGCUAAAAAUGCUCUGUCUGUGUAUUUUUCCCUGUGUAAGGGAUAAUGAUUUUCAAGUGAGUAAUACCUAUCUAUCUAUGAAGAGAUUUGGAUUCUA